GCGUUACAUUGUAGUUCGAAUGAACGAUGCGUCACCGCAAUCGUGAGGGAACGAUAGAGUGUGAAACAAUUUCUUUCACGUGCCGCAUAGCUCACAAAGAAGCCGAGCUGGCAUUUUAUGCGUGAACUUGCCAUAUUUAUAAGACUAGACGCCAGCGCUGCUGCUUCAGUGUCGCAUGCACAUCAGCACUUUACGCGAGUUUAUUUUUCCAAACAGCGGCAAAAACAGUAGAAACCCAAACCAUGCACCUUAGUACUGUAGUUGUUGCUAUGGUAGCGGUGCUGCUAACCGUCUCGGUACCAUCGAACGAUGCAGCAGCUUCCUGUCCAGUGCAUCCACCGGCGUGUGGUGAGAAUCAAGUAUACAAGCAGUGUGGUACGGCCUGUCCGGCAACGUGCGACAACAUGGACACGGUUCAAGGCUGCACCAAGCAGUGUGUGGCGGGUUGCUUCUGCGUGGACGGCUAUGUGCUGAACGAUAAGGGACAGUGCAUUCCCAAAUGUUUGUGUCCGAAGCAAUACAAUACGUACUAGGGGGGGGAAGCAAACUCAAGAUUGUUCUGAGCAGUUUUUGAAUAAAAACGAUUCUUUGACCGAAAAAUCAAA